AAUUAUACAUCCUGCUUUGUUUUCAUACUGAGACAAAUUAUGUACUGUUCUUCAUGAGUAUCAAAUACCUUCAUCAGGAGCUGAUACUAUUCUCAUUACUUUUUACAUAUUUCUUUUCAGUAUAACAAAGAUUAUGACUGGAAUACUUUCUCCACAUGUUUUAUUAUUGGAAUUUGAUGAUUAUGGAGAAGAAACGAAAUGAGUCUUCAUCUCAGCCAAUAACUAUGGAGAAAGAUGUUUGCGUUCCUACCACAUCCAAGGAUGCAAAUUCAAAUGGAUUUGACGAUCAUGGACAUGCAAAUCAAAAUGGUUCAUACUUUAUUGCAAAAGUUAUACACCCAUUUGAUGCUUAAGCAGAUGGAGAGCUCGGUCUUUCUGUUGAUGAUUAUGUUGUCGUUCGCCAGCAUGGAAACAUUGAAGAGACAUCUUCCUAUUUCUGGACCAGAGGGACUUCAUGAGCUAAAGAAAAUUGUUGAAAGGUUUGAGGAAAAGAUUUAUUCUACUACCACAAGCCAGUCUGAUUACCUCCGAAAAAUAUCUUUGAAGAUGUUGACAAUGGAAACAAAAUCUUUUAAUGCUACAACCAAUUCUCUGCCAUCCAACUCUGCUGAUCACAGCAAAAAAUCCCUUAAUGACAAGAAAUCCCCUGCUAGGAAAAAGGCCCUCAGAUCCAGGGUAUGGAAGCAGUCAGUGGCUGCUUCUUUCCUCCCUUCCUUUGGGUUGGAGGGAUAGUGCAAAUCCUUUCAAUUUGUAAUUGUUGUCAUUAUAGUGUGGGGCAUAGCCUUGAGAUUUACUUGUAUUCUUAGGUUUUCUUAAUAGAGACUAUUUGUUCCAUGUCAAGUCAUGUUUUCAUGAUUUUGGAUUCAUUAUGGUUUUGGGCUGAUCAUUAUUUUGGUUUCUGCAUGAAAUAAUAUGAUGUGGGAUAUGGGGUUGACAUCUAAUAGUAACUGAUAUUUCUUUUUUACUUUUUUGCCUUAAUAUGAAUCAUUUUUUCCCCGCGCAUGGAUAUGAGCAUAUUUUGUUUGAUUUGAAGAUACUUGAUUUAUAAGUACUUCUACAAAAGAAUUGUAUGUCAUUCAAUAUAAUGAAAUUAAACUUAAGUAUUUGUUAUUAUAAAGAUUGAGUUGUUAAGUGUUAUUUGUACAACUUGUUUGGUUACCUAUAUUGACAGUUGUGACCUUAAUUAUGUGGGAUUGUAGUUCAAUUGGUCAGUGCAAUGCCUUUGCAAGGCAGAAGCUGCGGGUUCAAGCCCCGUCAAUCCCAACUAGACCAAUGAUAGGGUUGUGAGUCAAAUGUUCUAGGGGUCAUCCUCUUUUCAUAAUGUUAUUUUUUCUCUUUUGUUACUUCGCUCAAUUGCAUUCUUAUCUUACUAGAUAAUGUACUUGGGUUGUUCGAAAUUUUCUUUUAUUUAUUUAUUUUUCCUUUUUUUUUCUCAUAGAUUGGCUUGAUUUCUUGUACUUGACUUUGUACCUAGGUUUGAGUUAUGAAAAUCAUGUAUGUGGUAGUUUGUGGUUAAGAAAUCAUUGAAAGUUGUCUUAUUGAAUCAUUGAUAUGGUAAAAAAAACUCUUCACUUAUGCCAUUGUAUUUUAAGCAGUUUGUGUUGUAAAAUUGCUUUGUCUUUGAUGGUAGAUUUGUGUCACUUUCAAAAAAAUUUCAACCCUACACAAUCAUUGUUGUAUACCCUAUGCAACAAGAAAGAAAUGAUGUGUUUAUAUUUUUUUGUUGAUAGAUGUUGUGAUUCACAAAAUAAUGAGUAACACUAUGUGGUUGGGUUCAAUAAGAGUGUUGGAAGUCUUAAAAUGUGAUUGCAUCUUUAUUUUGCUUUAAGUUUGCUUUGGUUUGUUAACCUAAAACCCACGUUAGUUAUUGGCGAUUUAGGUCAAUUUCCAACUAUAGCUUGGUGUCUUACUCUAUAAGGAAUAGAAAGAGGCGAACAAGGGUCCCACUAGGAUUUCCCUUAUGUAAAUUGCAUGCUUUAAUUAAUAUUUAAGUUGGCUAUUAACAAAAGAAGAGGAAAAAAGGAAGCACUAAAUCACAGUGGUAGAGCCAACUUUAUUUUAGUAAUCCACUACAAAAGUUGUUUGUUUCUUAUUAUUUUUGUGGUUUUCUUAAGAAAUAAUAUAAUGUGGAAUGCGGGGUUUAAUAAGUUCAAACCUACGACAAUGACAAGAAGUGUGUGUUUUUUCUUCUCUGCCUUAAUAUGUAAAUCAACUUAUGCUUUUGUUGUUAGAGCAAUUGGUUUAAUAAAUGUUGUUUUUAACAACCUAUUUGGUACUUAUGUGAGAUUGGCAUUUCACACUUUCUUUUAAAAACAUGCAACUCACUUCUUUUAAAAGAAAAUUUGUUUUAGGUUUAAGGCAAAAAUCUCACUUUCUUUUAAAAACAUGCAACUCAUUUCAUACAAGUUGCAUUCUCUUUUUGGUUUUCCAAAAACUUUGUUUUUAUUUUGCUUAAGUUUGAACUUGUGCCCCCAAACUAAUGGGAAUGUCCUUGGCCUUGGUAAUCUUUUUCACUUGAGGUUGAGGAUGUAUGGGUUAUGGAAUAUUGAAUGAAGAUUUGACAAAACCCUACAUAAAAGAUAUUUUAAAAUUUAUCCUUGCUACCAGUUUCAACUUAGCUAAUGACCUUUUAGUUUGAAAAUUUGUUUUAAUUAUUUUUGGAGUGCAUUAAAUUUUUUUUUCCACAAUUGUGUGAUGUUACUCACUUCUUGAAAUUGAUUCUAGAAUGUUAUUUGCAUCGAAAAAGCUUUUCCCAAAGUUGAUUUAUUUAGUUGGUUAUAUACCUUGUAUAACUAAUGUCUUUGUAAGUUCAUG